AUGGCAGAUUCAGUUGAGUUACGUAAAGAUAUUCACGAGCUCAAAAGCCUACGUUCAAUGUGCUCUCGAAAGGAUGUUCGUCGAUGGCUCGACGAGAAGAUAGCUGUCUGCGAGCAUGAACUGAACGAAUUGAAAGAACAGCAAACAAAAGAGGACACCAUUAAGCCAAUGAAUUCAGGAGGAGAUACUGCAAGUCCAUCAGAUGUUCAUUCUCUUCUCCUACCAACAGUUAAAAUCACUAACUAUGGUUGGGAUCAGAGUGAUAAAUAUGUGAAAAUUUAUAUCACAAUGACAAAUAUACAGUCCGUAAGUGCCGAGCAGAUCGCAGUUAAUUUUAAUGCUAAUAGUUUCGAAAUGCAUGUAAAGAAUGUUGAUGGUAAGAACUAUUUUCUGACAAUGAAGGAUUUACUGUGUGCAAUUAAGCCGGAAUCGUCAUAUUUUAAACAAAAAACGGAUUUGUUGUUGAUUAUGCUAAAAAAGGUGAAGGAAGCAGAGGAAUGGAAAUAUCUUACAAAAGCUGAAAGGGCUAGCAAAGAGAAGCGUCAACCCAAAUUCGAUGAAAAAGCAGACCCACAAGAAUCAUUAAUGACCAUGAUGAAGCAAUUGUAUGACGAGGGUGAUGAUGAUAUGAAGCGAACUAUUCGAAAAGCGUGGCAUGAAAGUCAGAACAAAAUGAACGUGACACCAUCCGAUCUAAACGAUAUGUGA